AUGAAUACCAGGUUUUCUUCAAGCAAGAUGGUACCUUUCCACUUCCCCCCAUCAAAAUUGGCACUUUGGAACCCGAUGCCAAUUGGAGAUGUCAUCUGCUUGCAUCUCAGUUACUACAGAAAGCCAAAGCUUGUGGUAACUGAAAAGGCCAUCCGACUUGCUUACCGUCAUGCUAAGCAGAAUAGGAGAAAUGUGCCGUGCUUCUUACUUGGUUCUCUCACAGUGGAUGAAGAUGAAGAAGGUGUGACAUUGACAGUGGAUCGCUUUGAUCCUGGUCGAGAAGUAUCCGAAUGCUUAGAAAGAACUCCUUCUGCUUCUCUUCCUGGAGAUUUUUUGAUCCCCUGCAAAGUUAAUAUUCAAGGACUUGGUUCAAGAGAUAUGAUAGUUCAUAAUGCAGAUGAUUUCAGUUCAACUUUAAAGGCUUUACAGUGCCAUGUGUGUAGCAAAGAGUUCUUGGAUUGUGGAAAGCUGCUUUCCCUACGAGCUCAAAUCACUCCCAGGGAGAGUUUGGAUGGCGUAGAUUUUGACUUGCACUGGGCAGCAAUAACUCUAGCAAAUUCUUUCAAAUGUGUACCUGUGAAGCCUAUUCCCAUUAUUCCUACAGCUCUGGCAAGAAACUUAAGUAGUAAUCUGAAUAUUUCUCAAGUUCAAGGAACCUAUAAACACGGAUAUAUUACCAUGGAUGAAACACGAAAAUUGUUACUUUUGCUGGAAUCUGAUCCCAAAGUUUAUUCUCUACCAUUAGUGGGAAUUUGGCUCUCUGGAAUUAUACAUAUCUAUAGCCCUCAGGUAUGGGCUUGCUGCUUGAGAUACGUGUUCAGUUCUUCUAUUCAGGAAAGGGUUUUUUCAGAAUCUGGAAAUUUCAUCGUAGUUCUUUAUUCCUUGACGCAUAAGGAACCUGAAUUUUAUGAGUGUCUUCCAUGUGACAGUGAGACACCUGGCCUUCAGUUUCAGUUACUAACCAACAAGGAGACUUUACAUCUUUUCAAUAACAUUGAACCUUCUGACAAAAGUCUAAUCCAUUUCGAACUGAGUGCUGAAAGUCAAGAUGCAGAAGCAGAGUUUUUCAGCAAGAUUUCCAAGAAUCUUUCCGUUAAGAGAUCUCCCCAAAAAGUAUCUUCUGGGAAAAUAUCAAUAAAUAAACCUGAAGCUGACUUUGAAGAUGAAGAUUUUUCUCCAAGACCGAUGCCCAGUCCUCACCCAGUGAGUGAGAAGAUUUCUCAGAUCCAGCCGUCUGUCCCUGAACUUUCUCUUGUGUUAGACAGCAACUUCGUAGACUCACAUCAUCAGUCUGACCCAUUGGAAAUGAUGACAAUGGAGAAUCCUUUGUUGAUGAAGCCGUUGCAGCCUGAGCUUUGUGAUGACAAGCACAGCUCAGAGGCUGAUGCUGGGGAGCCGUCCCUGAAGGGAACACCUAAUCAGUUAAGCCAGGACACCGCUUUGAGACAGUACAGAGGGAAGCGGUCACCUACCUGUAAGAAAGAAUGGCCCCAUUUCAGGAACACUAGUGCUAAACCAUUUCUUAAUGCACCUUCUCCUGCUGUAUCUGAGAAACUUGAAGCAGUUUCUGCUGGGAGCUUGCAGAAGGAAGACUGUCCGAUGAGACCUUCCACAGUGAAUUCUAGGCAGCCCUCACUUGCUGCACAAGCCCAGCCACACAAUUUUGUUUUUUCACCUCAUAAUUCAGCAAGACCAAUGGAGCUUCAAGUACCUACUCCUUCACUCCCAUCUUACUAUCCCACAAACAUCUGCAACUGCUGUCAGCAUCAUGGCCAUAUUCAGUGUAAUACAAUACAUUCUUGGCAGGGAAAUACAGUAGGGUCCAUUCAAGACCUCCGAAAUGAAGCCCUUCCAAAACAUGCAUUAUUUCAUUCAAGUGGAUGUCCAUCUCUGUGUCAUAAUGCCAUCUACUCUUCGAGUAGCCAGGGAGGCAUGGGUGGCUAUUCUCCCCACAACAAUGCAGAGCCGUCCCCUGUAGCAGGACCUUCACAUAUGGACUCAUGUGUACCACAGACUUGUGCCAUGUGCAUGCACACACCCAGCAAGGUGCCAGACAAUGGCAUGAUGGGACUAUCUCCUGAUGCAUAUCGCUUUGUCACGGAGCAGGACAGGCAGCUGAGACUACUUCAGGCACAGAUUCAGCGCUUAUUGGAAGCACAGUCUCUAAAUCCUGGCUCCCCUAAGACAAGCACUGUGGAAGACACUGGGAAAGCAGCAAGACAAGUGGAGCUGGUUUCCAUGGAAGCACAGCCUUCACCUGGCUUGCACAUGAGAAAAAGUGUAAGCAUUGCUGUGAGCACAGGUGCUAGCUUGUUUUGGAAUGCAGCGGGUGAUGACCAAGAGCCUGACUCACAGCUAAAGCAAGAUGUCACUAAGAUUUCCAGUGAAGACAUGAAUUUUUCUGUUGAUAUUAAUAACGAAGUGACAAGUCCUCCAGGUAGCGCAUCUUCAUUAAAAGCAGUUGACAUUCCCAGUUUUGAAGAAAGCACCCUUGCUGUGGAAGAAUUUAAUCAUCCACUUCCUGAAUCCAACAGCUCUUCAGAACAGAGAAAAGAACCUGAUGUGCCUGUAUUCUUCCCAAAUGCUUUGCUGGCUGAGAGUGUGAGCAUGUGCUUACAGACUGAGCCAUCAGAGGGAGCCAGUAACAGUAUUGAAUCACCAGGGGGACCAAAAGUUGAGCCUAAUUGGCCAGCAGAUGACCAGAAAAUUUACCAGGACUUGUUGGGUAAAGUGAACCACCUACUAAAUAACUCCUCCCAAGAAACUGAUCAACCACCUACCAAAGCAGUAGUUAUCAACCAUGAAUGCGCCAAAACCCAAAAUAUUCACCAUAUAAGGAAAAAAAAGCACAAUUCAGGACUGGUAGACAAAGACUGUGUACUCAGUGCAACUAUUAAACAGCUAAGGAGCUUGGGAGUGAAAAUUGAUUCUCCCACUAAAGUGAAGAAAAAUGCACACAAAGUGGAUCAUGCCAGUGUUUUGGCAUGUAUCAGCCCAGAAGCAGUGGUCUCUGGAUUAAACUACAUGUCAUUUGCUAAUGUUGGCAUGAGCGGCUUAAGUCCCACUGGUGUGGAUUUGAGCAUGGAAGCAAAUGCUAUAGCUCUGAAAUACUUGAAUGAAAAUCAGCUGUCACAACUGUCUCUCUCUCGAUCAAACCAAAAUAACCGUGACUCAUCUUUUGGCCUUCUACAUAUUAAUUCAGACCGAAGCACAGUGGGGCUUAGCUUAGUUUCACCAAGCAACAUGUCAUUUGCAACCAAAAAAUAUAUGAAGAGAUAUGGUCUCUUGGAAAGCAAUGACAACAGUGAGGAUGAAGAGUCCUCCAGCCAUGCAGACAGUGAGAUGGACCAUGUGUUGAACAGAAACCCUGCAUGCAGACCUUUGCGACUCGGUCAUCAGAAAGCGCCUUCUCAGAACACCUGUGAAAAAGCUCUAACUAACUGUGACUCCGAGGACAUGCGCACAGAUGUGCUAGUAUUGAGAAAUAUCACAAAUGAAGCUGUGCAGCCUAGAGCAUCAGAGCAGGUGAAUGAAGACCCUGCUUUUUCUUUAAGGAAUCUUAAACCAGAUCCUGCAGUGAACCUCCGGACUGGAAAAGCAGAGUUUACUCCACAUCCUGAGAAGGAAAAUGAAAGUGAGAUUUUUCCUGGAACCUUGCAGCCUCCUGAGACUUUAAAGCAAAUGAAUAGCAUGAAUUCAGUGGGCACCUUCUUAGAUGUGAAGCGUCUCAGACAGUUACCUAAGCUAUUUUAACUCUUUACUCCUCCUUUGUGAUGUGAGAACUAGGUGUGUUCUGACGGCACUUAAGGAGGACAGACUUUUGGGAUCUCUUUUUUGGUUUGUUUUUGAGACA